CAUGACAUAAGGGAGAUGAGCUAUUAAUGCUUUGUUUAAUGUAAUUUGUAGAAAGACAUUUUUGACCACUUAAUGCUUCGUUGGAUUGCAAAAAUAUAUUUUUUCAAUUUUCGUUCUUUUCUUUUAAUUUUAUCUUAAUUCCUCCAUUACACCGCUUUGGGUUUAUAGCACGUGUGAUAUUCGAAGAAAAGUUGUGUGUCAACAAAUCCAAAUUCAGACAUGUGUCCAACACUCGACAUGCAGCAAGUAUGCAGAUUAUGUCUCUGUAAAUUAUGUCAAAUGGAACAAUGCCAUGUGACAUCCUUGUUCCAUGAUGAUGUCAACAAUGAAGAGUGUCGGCAAUUAAGGUUACAGAUCGCAGAUUUAUGUUCCAUCAACAUAUUACAAGAUGAUGAUUUACCCAAGUCUAUAUGUCCCAAAUGUAAAAUAAAGCUACGGGAUGCUUAUGAGUUUGUAAAUCUAUGUAAAAAAUCCAAUAACAAGUUGCAUGAAUAUGAGAGCAGCAAACAUUGCCAGGAUACAGAUAAUACAGAUAAUAUAGAAGUCACGAGGCCAGAGUCUGAUGAUAAUGACAGAAGUAAUCUUGGUUGUAAAACCCAAGAAACGUCUUCAAAAGAACAAGUUUCACUGAAUCCAAAUAUUAAUUGUGAUGAAUUGCCAAACAAUAACGGAAAACAAUAUCUGUGUCACGUCUGUAGCAAAAUCUUCGCCUCCAUGUCUGGAUUACGGUUUCAUCUUAAAUCACAUUAUGACUCCAAGCCGUACACUUGUGAGCAGUGUGAUAAAAGCUUCGCUAUUCUCAGUUAUAAGAAGAGGCACGAGAAGAUUCAUAUGAACAUUAAGCAUUUGAUCUGCCACAUUUGCAGCACUGCCUUUGCGUCCCCGAAUGGACUCAGAUAUCAUCUAAGGACUCACACAGGCGAAGCAAAAUACCAUUGCGAAACAUGCGGCAAAUCCUUCACUCGAUACAAGUACCUGAAACAACACACCUUCACACAUACUGGAGAAAAGCCAUUUGUUUGCAAAUUGUGUGGUUCCGCUUACGGCAAUGGCGGCAGCCUGUUUGUACACCAGAAAAAGUGCAAAUUGCGACACGUACUAGAUCUUUCACAAAGCGACGCUUCGAAAACGGUUGUUUGAUGCAAACAAUUUGAUGCAAAUUGCAUUGAGUUGAUCAUAUGUACAUAUUACGUUCUAACGAUAUGAUUAUUCGAUUUUGCGAAUAACAAGGAUCGUCAACAGUUUUGCUUCCGUUGCACCAACAUCUCGGAGGACGCAACUGCCAUCCAUUCAUUUGUAUUCGACUGGAACCACGUC